AAAAAAUUACCUUGUUUAACGAUAAUGCCAAAACGUUCUCUUCAGUGUCCACCUGAAAAGAAGUUGAAACCUAAUCAAAGUACACUUAAUUCAAUAAAAACCGUAACCACUUUGACAGAGCCUAACCUUCAAGUCAAUACAAUGGUGGUUGACCAGCUACUAAGUGAAACUCAAACUGAGGGUGUUGCUGGCACCAUGAUCGACAAACCACAAAUAAAAGUUAAAUAUUUAGACACGCCUGUUAAGUCAGAAAAUGAUAAAAAAGAAUACAGGGUGAUUGAAUUAGAAAAUGGUUUAACUGCCUUGUUAAUAGCAGAUUUACACGUAUCAAGUUCACAAAAUAAUAAUAGCGAAAAAGCUCAUUCAGUAACUAGUGCAAAUGAAUCUGAAAAUGAAGUUGACAGCGAACAAGCUUCAAGUAGCGAAGAUGAAAGUGAAAGUGAUAAUACAGACAAUGAAGAAUGUGAUUGUGAUACAGAGGCUCCAGGAGACUUGUCUACUAGUUCAAAACAGAUGAAGAGAGAUGAAAAAAUGGCUGCAUGUGGAUUAUCUAUUAGUGUUGGUAGUUUCAGCGAUCCACCAGAAAUUCCAGGUCUAGCACACUUUUUAGAACACAUGGUUUUCAUGGGAUCUGAAAAGUAUCCCCAGGAGAACGAUUUUGAUACAUUUAUUAAAAAAAGAGGUGGCUCUGAUAAUGCCUGUACAGACUGUGAAUUAACAACGUAUUAUUUUGAAGUACAAGAAAAACAUUUGUUGGCAGCACUUGAUCGUUUUGCCCAGUUCUUUAUUAGCCCUCUAAUGAAGAAGGAUGCCAUAACUAGGGAACGUGAAGCGGUAGAAAGCGAAUUUCAAAUGGCCUUACCUUCUGAUGAGAACAGAAAGGAGCAAUUAUUUAGUAGUUUUGCAAAGCAGGAUCACCCAGCAAAAAAAUUUGGGUGGGGCAAUUUAGUAACGUUACGCGAUAACGUGUCCGAGGAGAAACUGUACGAUCAGUUACACAAAUUCAGGGAACGUCAUUAUAGCGCUCACAGAAUGAAAGUUGCUAUACAAGCUAAGCUUCCAUUAGAUGUGUUGGAAGAUUACGUGAAACAAUGUUUUGCCAAAGUAACAAAUAAUGGCUUGCCAGUCGAUGAUUUUAGCAUGUUUAAAGGCGUAGAGUCAUUCCAUACACCAAGCUUUCGAAGAAUCUAUAAAAUCAAACCUAUAAAAGAUGUUCGUCAAGUGGAAUUAACGUGGUCAAUGCCACCUGUGCAGCAUUUGUACAAAAGUAAACCGCACGAAUACAUUUCUUGGGUAUUGGGUAACAAAGGGAAAGGUUCAUUAAUAAGUUAUUUGAGGAAGAAAAUGUGGUGCCUUGACAUCGAUAUCGAUAACGCGGAUAGCGGUUUUACGGACAGUUCAAUGUAUGCUUUAUUUACUAUAUCGCUGAUACUAACCGAACAAGGACAGGAACAGUUGCAAGAAGUAUUGAAUGCUAUAUUCUCGUUCAUUAACUUAAUGCAAAAGGAGGGUCCCCAGAAGCAGCUUUUCGAUGAAAUGCAACAAAUAAAAGAAAUGAACUUCAGAUUCAUGGACGAAACACCGCCGGCUGAAUAUGUGGAGGAUCUAUGUCAAGACAUGCACUAUUACCCUCCCUCCGAUUAUUUAACCGGUAGCGAAUUGUACUUUGAAUAUAAUCCAAAAGCUAUACAAGAAUACAUGAAUUGCUUAACACCUGACAACGUGAACAUCAUGAUUCUCGACAAGAAAUUCAAUGACGAAGAAUUUGACAAAGUUGAGCCAUGGUUCAAAACCAAAUACACAGAUACAGAAAUACCUCAAGAAUGGGUCGAUUGUUGGAAAACGAUAAAACCUUUACCCGAAUUUCAUUUACCAUUGCCGAACGUUUUUCUCACAGAUGAUUUUAGUUUGAUUUCGAUACCGUCUGACGUAUCCAAAUAUCCCACAAAAAUACAUUCUGAUGAUAUAUUGGAAGUCUGGUACCGACCUGAUCCUAAAUUUUGUCUGCCCGAAUGUUAUAUGUACUUUAACAUUGUAACACCUUUGGUACUGAGUUCCCCAAAGAGCGCAGCCCUGAUGGAUCUCUUUGUUGCGACAUUAAAACAGUUGUUAGUAGAACAAUUAUAUCCAGCUGAAGUUGCAAAAUUAAAUUAUGACAUUUAUACGAAUGAUAAGGGUAUCUUGCUAGCAAUAAAUGGAUUUAAUCAGAAAUUGCCUCUUUUGUUGAUGAUCAUUGCAAAGUAUAUAGCGAACUCUCCAAACCUUGUAUCAGAAGAGUUGUUCGAAGUAAUAAAAGAGAAAACGACCAGAGAGUAUUAUAAUACAUUUUUGAAGCCUAAAAAGUUAGUUAAAGACGUGAGGUUAUCGAUAUUAAUGCUAGUUCAUUGGCCUGCUCUCGACAAACACAUUGCCAUCAAAAAUAUUCAGUUUCACGAGUUUCAAAACUUUGUUAGAUAUUUCACUGAUCAUCUUUACAUUCAAUCUUUGGUGCAGGGUAAUAUGACCAAAGAGGAUGUUAUAAAAAAUGUUAAAGAAUUUGUAGAAACUUUGAAAUGUGGACCACUAUUGCCUCACACGAUGCCACAGAUUAGAGUUGCACAGAUACCAACAGGCACAUACUGUUGCAAAGUGAAGAACUUCAAUAAAACAGAUGUAAAUUCUGUCGUGAUGAAUUACUAUCAAUCCGGUGUUACAUCCAUCAGAUUAUCCGUCAUCAUCGAAUUAAUAAUCAUGAUUAUGGAGGAACCUCUUUUCAAUCAACUCAGAACGCUGGAACAACUAGGUUAUCACGUGUUCUGUAUACUAAGAGAUACCUUUAACAUUCUUGGAUAUUCUAUCACGGUCCACACCCAAGCAAAUAAGUACACUACAGAACAUGUGGACAAUAGAAUCGAAGCUUUUGUACAGAUGUUCAAAGGUAUUUUGAAAGAAAUGUCAGAGAAGGAACUGGAGAGUAUCAAAGAGGCAUUGAUGAAACUUAAACUGUGCGACGAUGUGCAUUUGAAAGAGGAGGUCGAUAGGAACUGGGUAGAAAUCACCACAGGCAAUUACAUGUUCGACAAAAUUGAAAAGGAGCUGCUUAUGAUAGAACAAAUAACUCUAGAUGAUCUGAGAGAAUGGAUGGACUCUCACACGCUUAAUGGGAAUAAUUUAAGAAAACUAAGUGUUCACGUGGUUGGGACUUCUGAUCCUAAGGAAAGUAAUGAUGAUGACUUGCAUCCUAAUGAACAGAACUCUGACCAACAUCAGGAAAAGGUUGCAACUACGAAGUAUCCACUUGUGUAUCUUCCUAUUACAGACGAGAUCGAAAAUAAGUCUACAUUGCAAUCUGUUACCGACAUCCAAGAAUAUAAAAGCCGGUUAUAUCUUUACCCUACAAAGCACACUGCUUUAUGAUAUUGAGUUUCUUAAAACUGAUAGUUGCAUUUAAACAACUUGUCUACUGAACAACAGAAUAAAAUAAAACUCUAAUGGACGUUA